AUGCAAAAUUUUACCUUACCGUUUUCACGCCUUCAUAAACUUUUGUUGCCUACUUGUAGCGCCAACCUUAACCGAUCCUCCGGCAUCCGAUUGCAUCGGCAACUUCUGCGCUGGUUUGCCGACACGCCAAACUUAUACCAGUCUCCGCUUUCUUUGCAUGCUCUUGUCGCAGCCAGUGGCCGACCUCCUGGUCAAUGGCACGGGCCUACUAGUGCCUGCCAGGCCUUGAUGAUCGCCAUGGCAAGAGCUGGCAGGUUUGAUGCCCGGUUGGCACAGAUUGAGGUCUACUUUGCUCGUGAUAGGACUAUCUUUCGCCAGGCAAGCAUUGUACAGGCGAAGCGCUACAACAACAAGCUUUAG